GAGUUUCCGGGAGAGGUUCCCUAGCAAAGGGGACACAGAGCCAGAUUCUCGCUGGGCGGGGUAUCCCUGCGAGAGAGGGCGGGCUAUAGCCGUCAACCCCCUGAACAGCAAUGCCCCAGGCCGUGAGGACUCUUGUUCUGCCGCACGGACCCCCACAGCACCCCCAACAAGCAGCAGCCAAGGAGGCCAGUCUUUUCAUCCGUGCACGCACACCGCAGCUGGGGUGGGGGGACCUUGCAGGAGGGACGGAAAGAGGAAAAGGAAGGGAAGGGGGACUUCAAAGUCCCGCUCGAUUCAGCUGUACUUCAAGUCUAGACCCUCGGCUGCAGCCAACCCCUUGAAGCUGCGCCCAGCACUGCUGGGUGGGAGCAGGUGGCUCCGCGUCGCGAUGGGCCGAGGGACCGUGCAGAUGUUGUUGCUCUUGGGGCUCCUGCACUGGGGCCCCGGCGGGGAGGGCAGAAAAAGCUGGAGGCGGCGCGGACAGCAACAGCAGCCCGCGGCGGCGGCGGCAGCUGCCCGAGAGCGGAGUGAGGCCACUGGGCAGCCGGUGGAAAGCUUCCCGUUGGACUUUACCGCUGUGGAGGGCAACAUGGACAGUUUCAUGGCUCAGAUCAAGAGCCUGGCGCAGUCGCUCUACCCUUGCUCGGCUCAGAAUCUGCACCACGAGCUGAGGCUCCACAUGCUGCUCAACAGUUCGGUCACUUGCAACGACGGCAGUCCCGCCGGCUACUACCUCAAAGAAUCAAAAGGCAGUAGAAGGUGGCUGCUGUUCCUGGAAGGAGGCUGGUACUGCUUCAACAGAGAGAACUGCAACACUCGGUAUGAAACAAUGAGGAGACUUAUGGGCUCCAAGGAAUGGCCCACUACCAGAACCGGAACCGGCAUUCUGUCAUCACAACCGGAGGAAAAUCCACACUGGUGGAAUGCAAAUAUGGUUUUCAUCCCAUAUUGCUCAAGCGAUGUCUGGAGUGGAGCCACUGCCAAGAUUGAGAAAAAUGAAUUUGUCUUCAUGGGUGCCCUCAUCAUUCAAGAGGUUGUAAAGGAGUUGGUGGGGAAAGGCCUUGGGAAUGCUAAAGUGCUGCUGCUAGCAGGAAGCAGUGCUGGUGGAACGGGGGUGCUCCUAAAUGUGGAUCGAGUAGCUGAACAGCUGGAAGAGAUGGGAUAUCCUGGGAUUCAGGUCCGUGGCCUUGCAGACUCUGGCUGGUUCUUGGAUAAUAAACAAUAUCGUAGAACAGACUGCAUUGAUACCAUAACCUGUGCCCCCACAGAAGCCAUCAGGAGAGGAAUUAGGUAUUGGAAUGGACUUGUUCCUGAACGCUGCAAAAUGCAGUUUAAAGAGGGAGAGGAAUGGAAUUGUUUCUUUGGCUAUAAAAUUUAUCCCACUCUCCGAUGUCCUGUUUUUGUGGUACAGUGGCUCUUCGAUGAAGCCCAGCUCACUGUGGAUAAUGUCCAUUUGACUGGCCAGCCAGUGCAGGAAGGACAGUGGCUUUACAUCCAGAACCUGGGCCGUGAGCUGAGGAACACCCUCAAAGAUGUGACUGCCAGCUUUGCUCCAGCUUGUUUGUCUCAUGAGAUCAUCACACGCAAUCAUUGGACAGACAUUCAAGUGAAAGGGACAUCUUUACCCCGUGCUCUGCACUGCUGGGAUCGCAGUCUCCAUGACAGCAACAAGAAUGGGAAAGCCCCACUCAAAGGCUGCCCUAUCCAUCUGAUUGACAGCUGUCCUUGGCCACACUGUAACCCCUCAUGCCCUACCAUCCGGGACCAGUACACAGGACAAGAGAUGAACGUGAUCCAGUUUCUCAUGCAUAUGGGGUUUGAUGUGCAGAAGAUGGCUCAGCAGCAGGGGCUGGAGCCCAGUAAACUACUGGGGAUGCUGAGUAGUGGUAGCUAGGAGACUUUUCCCACUAAGGAGGACUGCAUGACUGCAUAAGGAGAAGGGGCCUUUUAGCUCGACUCUCAAAUCUUCUGUCCUCCUUGCUCACUCUCAUAACAUAAGCAUUUACACAUACACAUACACAUACAAGCACAAGUCAUGCAUGCACACUCUUGCACAGUUAGUAUUUUCAGGACAAAGUGAAACAGAAUCUUACUUUUAAUACCAUUUGAUUGAAACAUUACUUCAGGGGACAGUCUCAACCAAGCAGAACCUCUCCACAAUAAUUCACUAACGGUCUGCAAGGAGCAGUGAGUGCAUAGAAAUCAAGAUCCCUCUCCGGAGUUAAAAGGACUUCAUACUUUUUGCCUUUUUCCAAGAACUUUUCACACCAUAAGACUGACAACAGAUGGUGUUGUGGGGGGAAGCAAUGGAUUAUUUGUCCAAUUGGAAAUGAUGACGGUAAGAUUGAUUACGUGAUUUCCUGGAGGCCAGCAUCUCAUGAUGUAACAUAAUAAUGUACAAACAAAGCACACAAGCUAGCAGUGGACUUAUCAUGUACUCAGUUUACUUUUGAAUUAUUUUAUAAGAUGAUUUUAUUAAUUUUUAAAGAAAUAAGCAAGAAAUAUACGGUUAACGAUAUUGUUUUGUAACAUAUUUUUUUAAAUAAUGAAAAAAACCCAUACCUUGUACUAUUUUUGGCAAUGUGAAAAUAUUUAUUUUAAUAUGUAAAUGCUAUUUAUAAGGGCUGACCUAAGAUAUGCUCACAUGUUUGUUGUAAAGUUGUAAAUACUUCUCCUUUGAAAAGUUUUUCCUUCUGAUCACAUAUAUGUGAGAGAGGACAAGGGUCAGCAGUGGCAUUAUUAUUAUAAUUGUUAUUAGAUCCCCAUGACUCUUGAAGUAUGUUUCUUGUUUGUGAAGGGAUAUCCACCACAGCCUCAGUAAAGAGUUUUUAUCCUUC